AACACGUCAUACUCAUAAACACAAUGUUCAUUGUUUUUUCCACUUAGUGCACAAUUAAUAUAAAAAUUUCAUGAAAUAUAAGAAAAAUUGUUGGUUUCCUCCUUUUAUUCAUUUCUUUUGUUAGUUCUAUUCUUGUCAUCAUAACUUUUACGAGAAUACUACUACCAUACGGUGCGUUUGGAAGCAAGGACAUUUAAGUCAUUACAACUUAUCUGAAUAAGCACGUUUUUAAUCUAUGAAGGACAAGAACACAAACGAAAGAAUUGCUGUUUUGACAUCACACUUCACUCAUUCAACUUCAAUGGCUUCUGAGAAAGAAGCUGCCCUUUCUGCCAUUCCUCCUGAUUCCGAUUCCCCCACCAUAUUUGACAAGAUCAUCAACAAGGAGAUUCCUUCUACUGUUGUUUAUGAGGAUGAUAAGGUGCUUGCCUUUAGGGACAUAAAUCCUCAAGCUCCCGUGCACAUUCUAAUCAUUCCUAAAGUCAGAGACGGAUUGACUGGUAUCUCUAAGGCUGAGGAGAGGCACUUCGACAUUCUUGGCCGACUUCUCUACACUGCAAAGCUGGUUGCGAAGCAAGAAGGUCUUGACGAAGGCUACCGGGUUGUAAUUAACGACGGGCCACAAGGAUGCCAAUCGGUUUACCACAUUCAUGUGCACGUUAUUGGUGGUCGUCAGUUGAACUGGCCACCGGGCUAAAAUGAAGGAAACGAUUUGCGGCGAGCCGUCAGGAAUGGUAGGCAAUAAUACUCUGAUUGUUGUGCUGUGUUUCAACAAUGGUUUAAGUGACUAAUAAUUUGAUUUGAUACCUGACAUUUGAAGCUACUAUGGUUCUUUAUUACUUUAUAUAUGUUAUUGAAUGUGUUUAAACUGAUGUUGAAUUUAGGUUAAAAGUGAGUUGCAAAGUUGUUUUUACAGACUUUGAUUGCUGUUGGUUGAUUGUUAAAGGGCUCAUUUGUUAUGGAUUAUUAGAAAAAAAUUGAUUAUCAAAGCAACUUAUUUGAAAUAAGUUAAUUUCUUAUUA